AUGAUGUCAAAAGUAACCAAUUCAUUUCCAUUUGCACCAAUUGUUAUGAGCAUCACUUCUGCAUUUUCAAUAAAUGCUGAAGUAGCAAUUAAUUCUGCUCGUAAUUUGGGUCCACGUCUUUUUGCAGCAUUUAUCUAUGAUUGGAAUGAGGUAUUUAGAGUUCAUGAAUACUACUUUUGGGUACUAAUCAUUGGUUCAAUUGUUGGAGCCAUUCUUGGUGUAUGGUUUUAUCUAGGUUUUAUUUGGAUUGUAAAGCACUAUGGUCAUCUUCGUAAUAUUGAAGAUAUUGAUACCAAUGAUGCAAUAAACAAUUGA